AUGAAGAAAGAAUUCGUUUUCUUGUUUGUGGCUUCACUGGCACAAAUUGUGACACUAAAUAAAGAAUGGAUUGAAGAGUGCAACAGCCAGAGUGAAAAAAUUGUCAUUCAUUCGGCUGAUGGCAAAUGGAACAACUUUUCGAGUGAUGUGACGUCUCAUCGAUAUUAUGGGGUCUAUCGAAGGCUCACGUGCACCGCUGAUGCAGACGAUUUCGCGUUUGUUCGAAUAAACAACAUGACGGAUUCACCGUCGGAGACAAAAACUAUCACUUGUGGAUCGAAGCGUAAAUGGUUGUACAAAGGUGAAGUCGUUCUCUCUGUCGGAUGCUACACGGGUCCACGGGCAAAUUGGACCCAAAAGCCCGAAGAAGAGGAAAGGAUUCGAAGUUGGAUGGCCGAGUAUCACGGAGUUAAAUUGACACCGAUACAAUUAGAAAGCAAGUCGCCGUUCUACCGGCAGACUAUG